GCGUCCCUUGUGUUUAUUAUGGCAUUAACGCUAGUGGGAAAUACGGUGAUUAUUAUUGUGCUUACGUGUAGUCGUUACCGUAAACGGAAUAGCAGGGUCAAUAUCUUCAUCAUCAAUCUAGCCAUUGGAGAUUUAGCUGUGUGUUUUUGUACCAUGACUACGGAAAUUCUGUUUGUUGCGUUUGGUGAAUGGGUGUUGGGACCAGCCGCAUGUAAAAUGUUGACGUACAUGCAGAUUGUUACACUUGCGAGUACGACUUUUAUACUAACUGCCAUGAGCUUUGAUAGAUAUAUGGCUAUCUGUAAACCGUUAAGUUACCGUGCGACUACGUCUAGAGCGAAAAGAAUGAUCGCCGUAUCUUGGGUGUUGGCGUUCAUAUUCGCUCUUCCGCAGUUGUUAAUUUUUGUACAAACAGAAGAUGGCCUUCAUACGGAUGGAACGAUUCAAUAUGGAUGCCGAUCACGUGGUUAUACUGCUUGGUGGCAACGAAAAGUUUACUUCACAUUUAUGACUGUGUAUAUUCUUGUGAUACCCGCCAUUUUGAUUUCUUAUUUUUACAUAAAUCUUGUAUUAGUGGUUUGGAGACAAGGAAAAGAAAUUGCUGCUGGAAAUAAGGACAACACUUGUCCUUUAAGACGCUCUAUUGCAGAUAAAAAGGCCAUUCCACGAGCUAAAAUUAAAACCAUAAAAAUGACCUUUACCAUUAUUGCUAGUUUUAUUGCUUGUUGGACUCCAUACUUCGUAGCAACUUUAAUAAAAAUCUACAGUAAUUACACAUAUAAAAUUCCCGCUACUGUGAUGGCAUUUGUGGAAACCAUAGCUUUAUUUCAAAGUGCUUUAAACCCUCUCUGGUACGGAUUUUUUAAUAUAAAACUCAAACGUGGUUUAUUGGAAGUUUUCUGUCCUAACAAGUUA